CUUACUGCACUAUGAAACAUGAUACAACAAAAUUUACACCUUUCUCCCUUAUAUAUGGACGUGAUACAAAAUUACCUAUAGAAACAAUUAUAGAAACCUAUUAUAAAGAAGAUGAAUCAUUUCAAGAAGCUCUUUUAAAAAGAUCUUUUGAAAUAGAGAAUAUUCUAUUAAAACAGCAAGAUGAAGCCUUAGAAAAUAUACAAGAGGCACAAAAAUUACAAAAAAA